AUGAGCGACAACAAGCGUCUGGCCUUCUCCAUCAUCAGCUUCCUCCACGACCAGCUGAGUUCUGGGAAUUUGUCAUCGGGAGCGCAGGAGAGCCUGGAAGUGGCCGUCCAAUGUCUGGAGACGGCAUUCGAAGUGUCGGCGGACGACCGGAGCCUCGCCGUCCCCCUCACGUUACCCGAGAUCUUCGCCGACGCCACUCGGGAGACUUCGGUAAGCGACGGCUCGCAGGUGAACAACAACGCCACCGUCAACACCGUCGGCGACGAUGAACGGGCCGAGGCCGAGCGACUCAAGAACGACGGUAACGAUCAAAUGAAAGUGGAAAACUAUGCCGCCGCCGUGGAGUUUUACUCUAAAGCCAUCGCCGUCAACCCGCAGAACGCCGUCUACUACUGCAACAGGGCGGCGGCGCUGAGCAAGCUGGGUAAUUACGCGGGGGCGGUCCAGGACUGCGAGCAGGCCAUCGGCAUCGACCCCAACUACAGCAAAGCUUACGGCAGGAUGGGGUUGGCGUUGGCGAGUCUGAACAAGCACGCGGAGGCGGUGACCUUCUACAAGAAAGCUCUGGAACUGGACCCGGACAAUGACUCGUACAAGUCCAACCUCAAGAUCGCUGAGGACAAGAUGGACGCCGCCAGUCCUACUGCUGGAAUGGGCGGCAUGGACCUCGCCGGACUGCUGAGUAAUCCCAGUUUCAUGAACAUGGCGUCGUCACUGAUGACAAACCCUCAGGUCCAGCAGAUGAUGUCGGGAAUGAUGUCGGGAGCGUACGGCGGUGGCGCCGGAGGCACCGGAGGGGGAGGCGGAGUCCCGGGAGGUCUCCCGGGAGCGGCGUCGGGCAGGGAUUUAUCGGGACUCAUCCAAGCAGGUCAGCAGUUCGCUCAACAGAUGCAGCAGGAAAAUCCAGAACUCAUCGAGCAGCUCAGGAGUCAAAUUCGUAAUCGCUUGCCCAGCGCCGGAAAUGAUGAGCAGCCGUGA